AGCCCAGUUUUCCGGCAGCAGAGGCGGAAGUGCAGGAACCAAGCGGCUCUGGGGUGCUGGACGUGAGGCUCUGCUGCGGGAGCGAGAUGGAGGUGGGCGCGGCGGCGGUACCCGCGCGGGAUGGUCUCCGCGAGCGGCGAGCCUUGGGCGAGGCUGGGAGGCAGGAACCGAACCACCAUGUGCGGCCGCAGGCCGGGUCAAACAAUCUUCAGAAACACUCCUACUGGUUGGAUCUUUGGCUCUUCAUUCUUUUCGACGUGGUGGUGUUUUUAUUUGUGUAUUUUUGGCCAUGGUGAGUAUGACGGGUUUGCUGAUAGCUGCUUCUGGAAUGAAUUCCGAAGUUGACUACAAACUUCUUGAAAAAAGAAGACAGGAUUGUACAGCAGAAUUUCAAAACUAUAUGGGACUUUCAUUUUAUACUUUUCUUUUGCUUAUUUGGAGAAAUCUAUUAAAGUGGGCAGGAUCUUGCCCAUUCAUAAAUAAGUUCUUAAAAUUAGACUCUUUAAUUCAUGUUUAAAAACUUUGCAACAUCUGGUGGCUUUACAGGGUUGAAUAUAAAAAUAUUUGUAUUUAAAGGCUUAGUGUAUUCAUUAGGAAAUAUAGUUAUGUCUUUAACCUUUUCAGGGUUGAUCAGGGUUUAAUAUGCUGAAAAUGAUACGGUGAAUAAUAAUGUGAGGUAUUUAUAAAUUCAAAAAUAAAUUACUCAAAAGUGAAGGAACGAUUUUCAGAGGAGGAAUGGAGUAUUCUUAAGAUUGCAUAGAGGUGCAACAAAAAAGAUACACAGAAAAUGUAGGCCCACAAUUUGUUUAUUGGCUCUAAGUACCAGUUAAACUUUUAUUAAUAGGUUAAGUGAGCAUCUUAUGAAAAGGUAUGCCAUGGGUGAAAGGUUGAUGUAGUCUUAGAAAAAGUAGAUAAUAUCCAGUGUUAGAAAGCUGCCAUGCAUGUCCUUUUACCUGUAUGUCUUCUUUCUUCCUUUCAAACUCUUGAGCCCCUAAAGUGUCUGUAACUUACUUAAAUAUUUCAGUAACGUCAGUGUGAUUAUUUACUCAUUCAAAUGUUUGAGCUGUCGUUGGCCAGUGUUAUUAUAAGACACAGGGAACAAAACAGACAAAAAUUCCUGCCUUCAUGAGGCUAGAGGUUAAUGUUGUUAUUCAGCUUUCCUUAGUGUGUGUUUGUUUAAUGUGUGGCCUAAGACAAUGCUGCUUCUAACGUGCAGCAGAGAAGAAAAAGGGUUGGACAUGCCUAAAGGACACAGAACUGGAAUUUCACUGAAUUUACUAAAUAGAUUGUAUCACUUGUUUUUGCAGUACUUGCUAAUAAUUUUAUCUAAUCAAUGUUUACUUACGUAGUUGAGUUUUAUUUUAACAAAUUACCUGGUGGUUGAGGGGGAUUAACAGUUCUUACAUAGUUUACUAUUCGGUCACAGUCAUAAUAAUCCAUACUACCUUUUUGAACCUAUUGCCAACUACCACAACUAUCAGAUAAUUCUGAAAAUUUCUGUUAAUAGUGAAGAUAGAUCUUAGUGUGAUAGUUAAUUCUAUGUAUCAACUUGACUGGGCUAAAAGAUGCCCAGAUAGCUGGUAAAAUAUUUCUGGAUGUUUUUAGAAGACAUUAACAUUUGAAUCAGUAGACUGGGUAAAAGAAGAGCAACUAUCUCCAGGGUGGUCAUCAUUCAACCCCUUGAGGGCCUGGAUGGAAUAAAAGGCAGAGAAAUACCAAAUUGUCUCUCUGCUUAAGCUGGAACAUCUCCCUCUUUGUGCUUAGAUAUUGGCAAUCCUGGUUCUCAAGCCUUUGGAUUUUGGACUGGAACUACACCACUUGCUUUGGAGGGCCUACUUUUUGCAGAUAUUGUGGGACUUUUCAGUAUCCAUAAUUAUGUGAGUUCAUCCUUUAUAAUAAAUUUGUAUGUCUAUAUGA